AUGGGCACAACUUGUUGUUGUUAUACAAAACGUCAGCGUAUAUUAUCUUCAAAUCACUUGCCACCUCAAUUCAUUCAGAUUGGUAUAAAAACCAAUGACCCUCUCAUACCCAUGGAUGGUUACUUUGGUGAACCACUAUUAUCGCUCGAAGAAACUCUUUCUCCGCUCGAAGGUAAAAUUAAUCAAUUAUCGUAUAAUAUUAAAGAAGCGAAAAUGAAAUGUCAUUAUCCAUCUGAACAUAAUCUUACUCUUGAUGAAUCUUCUGCUAUUUAUAUAUAUACAAUGCAGUGGGGCAAUAGGUGUCUUCAUGAUCAUAUUCAGACAGCAUUAAACUCUAAUGAUCGAUCUACACUCCAACCAUGGUUUAAAUAUCUCAAAUUAUUGAAAAUUGCACUCGAUAAACUACCUAUUGCAAAUACAGAAGUUUGGCAAGGGACACCAUUGGAUGAAAGGUUUAAAGAACAGCUGGAUUCGAAAUCGGCAUCACUCUAUACUUCACUGUGUUUAUGCUCGUUGUUGAUGAAUAAUGUUAUAGCGUAUCUUAAAAAGACUACGACUAAAAAGAUAAUGCUUGUUGGAUAUCAAUCUGUAAAUGGAAGAAUAGUGACUGGCUAUACAGCUAAUGAUUUUCAAGAAGUAAUGGUGUGGCCAGGCAUAAAAUUGGAAGCAUUAAAAUCUGUUGUGGCCAACGCAUAUUAUUUAUGGACUUUCCAUGGAGUGAGCGAGAUUGGUGAGUACUAA